AUGCCUCGUCCCUCUCUGCCCCCUAUCGACCCCAGCACACCCCCGGAGCUCAUAUGUUCCUGUCGCAAGCGUGUGCGACCACAGCGGGGAGUACCUUGCCAGAACUGCGCGUCGAAGUACAAGAAUCAGUCGGCCAAACGGCUUGAGGGGUCCCAGGAGGCCAAAGUGGCCAGGAAAUCGUCUGCAUUGAACGAGCAUCCUAUAUUCAGCACCAAGGUCGACCUACCCGCCUGA